AUGGAACUGUCGACUCAAAUGAAUGCGUUCGAAGAGCUUCUUGUUCCGACAAAGCAAGAAACCACCGACAACAACAACUACAACAGCAACAUGAACAAUCUGAGCUUUAAUGGCGGAUUUGAUCAUCAUCACCAUCAUCAAUUCUUCCCAAACGGAUGGAAUAUUGAUUACCUCUGUUUCAACAACGAAGAAGAAGACGAAAAUACCCUUCUCUACUCUUCUUCCUUCAUGGAUCUAAUCUCUCAACCUCCUCCAUUGCUUCUUCAUCAGCCACCACCAUUACCACCACCGUCUUCUUCAUCUCCGCCGCUAAUCUCCUCAGCGGCCGCAACAUUCGACUAUCCUUUUCUUGAGGCUUUACAAGAGAUAAUCGACUCUUCUUCCUCUUCGCCUCCAUUGAUGCUUCCAACUCCUCAAGAAGAGAACUACAACAAUCCGAUGUCGUAUCCUUCUCCAUUGAUGGAGUCUGAUCAGAGCAAGAGCUUCAGUGUUGGAUACUGUGGAGGAGGAGAGACAACAAACAAGAAGAAGAGUAAGAAGCUUGAAGGCCAACCUUCAAAGAAUCUAAUGGCGGAGAGACGACGGAGGAAACGGCUUAAUGAUCGACUUUCUAUGCUCCGAUCCAUCGUUCCCAAAAUCAGUAAGAUGGAUAGGACAUCGAUAUUAGGAGAUGCCAUAGAUUACAUGAAAGAGCUUUUAGACAAAAUCAACAAAUUACAAGACGAGGAACAAGAACUUGGAAAUAGCAACAAUUCACAUCACUCUAAGCUCUUCGGUGAUCUCAAGGAUCUUAAUACAAACGAACCACUGGUCAGAAACUCACCAAAGUUUGAAGUGGACCGGAGAGAUGAAGACACUCGGGUUGAUAUAUGUUGCUCGCCAAAACCGGGAUUGCUUCUAUCGACUGUUAACACAUUAGAGACACUAGGCUUGGAGAUUGAACAAUGUGUUAUAAGCUGCUUUAGUGAUUUCUCUUUACAGGCUUCUUGUUCUGAGGGAGCUGAGCAGAGAGAUUUCAUUACCUCGGAAGAUAUAAAGCAAGCAUUAUUCAGAAACGCAGGUUAUGGAGGAAAUUGCUUGUAA